AUGGAGUAUUCCAAGGCCUCUCUUGACCGUCAGGUCGAUGAGCCCACUUCCUCCACUUCCUCCACCGCCGCCAAGGCCGUCGGAGCUGAGCUCGCAUCCAUGCUCCCCAGGCAUGACAAGCCUUGGUUUCGCCAGCGCAAUCUGCUGCAGCUCAAUUUUCUGCUGCUCUUUGUGAUUCUGACGCCGACAUCUCUCGGGUUUGACGCGUCCAUGAUGAACGCGCUCAUGUCUUUGGAGACUUGGAAUAACUACUUUGGCACUCCGAGGGGCGCCUUGCUUGGCUUCAUGAACGCUGUGAUGCCUCUUGGGACGAUCAUCGGCUCAUUGCCUGCUGGAUGGACCUCUGACAAGAUCGGACGGAAGAAGACCAUCAUGUUGGGCCUCGUUGUCUUGAUCAUGGCUGGAAUCCUACAAGGUUGCUCGCGCAACAUCGCUGCCUUCAUCGUGGCCCGCUUUUUUGUUGGGAUUGGUAUCGAAUUCACCGCGGCUCCCUCGCCGGUGCUCAUCUCGGAGCUUGCCUACCCGGCUCACCGAGGCAAGAUGACCAGCCUAUUCCAGUGCUUCUUCUACCUCGGAGCAAUCGCAUCAAGCUGGAUCACGUUUGGCACGUCUAGCAUGAAGGGAUCUGAGUGGAGCUGGCGAAUUCCUUCUAUUCUUCAAGUCUUCUUCCCAAUCGUCCAAAUCGUCGGGCUGUACUUUGUCCCCGAGUCUCCGCGAUGGCUCAUCGCCAAAGGAAGACUUUCCGAAGCCAGAGCAACGUUUGCAAAGUACCACGCAGCUGGCGAUGACUCGCACCCCUUGGUUGACUAUGAGAUGUCUGAGAUCACGUCCCAUAUCGAGACCGAGAGAGCCGUUGCUGGCAUGGGUUGGCUCUCUCUGGUCAGAACAAAGGCUGAUCGAAAGCGAAUGGCCAUUUGUGUGUUCUCAGCCUUCAUCUCCAACUGGUCUGGCAACGGCAUCAUCACCUAUUACCUCAGCCUGGUCCUCGAAUCCGUGGGUAUCACCGACUCAUUUACCAAGACACUAAUCAACGGAGUACUGCAAAUCUUCAACUUCUUUGCCGCCACCGGCGCUGCCUUGUUAGUUGAUCGCGUUGGCCGUCGUCCUCUGUGGAUUGCUUCGUGUGCUGGCAUGCUCAUCACGUACAUCAUCUUGACGGUUCUUUCGGCGGAAUUCGUCAAGACUUCUCAUUCCGGUGUUGGAAUUGGCGUCAUCGUCACUCUUUUCCUAUACUUUUUCCACUAUGACAUUGCGGUCACACCGCUUACAUUUGCAUACCCAACCGAGAUCUUUCCAUUCCACGCCCGCCAGAAGGGCAUGGCCGUUGUCAUGCUCGUUAACGGUGUCUGUGGCAUGACGAAUACCUUUGUCAACCCUAUCGCUCUUGGUGAAAUGGGGUGGAGGUACUACAUCGUCUACAUCGCUCUUCUCGCGAUUAUGCUCACCUUCGUGGUCUUGUUCUUUGCCGAGACCAAGGGUCAUUCACUGGAAGAGAUUGCCGACAUUUUUGAAGGGCCAUUCCUUGUCAUUGGGCGAUCGAAGCGCAGGUUGACUGGUGUGUCCGUUCAUGAUGAGGAAGGUUCUGCCAGGUGUGGCCAAUCGACGGGAGUUGGACCUGAGGCCAAGGGUUCAUCCACGGCCGUCGCUAUUCAUAAGGAAUAG